AUGCCAGGUUAUCAAUCGUUUCCAGUCUUGAAUCAACAGUUUAUUGUUGACAAAAAGUUCCAAUUUAUUCGUGAAAUGGGCCAAGGUGCUUACGGUGUCGUUUGUGCUGCCAAAGAUUGCGAGACAAAUGAGCAAGUGGCUAUCAAAAAGGUUUGUCGUAUUUUUGAAAAGACCAUCUUGGCCAAGCGUGCUUUACGUGAAGUCAAGCUGCUGAAGCACUUUAAUGGACAUGAGAAUAUUACAUCCAUCAUUGACAUGGACAUUGUCAAUCUGCAAGACUUUAAUGAAAUCUACUUGGUUCAAGAGUUGAUGGAAGCCGAUCUCCACCAAAUCAUCCGUUCAGGCCAGCCUUUAACAGACGCUCAUUUUCAAUACUUUGUAUACCAAAUCUGUAGAGGUCUUAAAUAUAUCCACAGCGCCAAUGUUUUACAUAGAGAUCUAAAGCCUGGUAACCUGCUUGUAAAUGCUGAUUGUGAACUGAAGAUCUGCGAUUUCGGUUUGGCUCGUGGUUACUCUUCCUCUCCUGAAGGAAAUGCUGGUUUCAUGACUGAAUAUGUCGCUACCCGAUGGUACAGAGCUCCUGAAAUUAUGUUGAGCUUCCAAAAAUAUACCAAAGCGAUUGAUAUGUGGUCUGUUGGUUGUAUUUUUGCUGAAAUGCUGGGUGGCAGACCUCUGUUCAAGGGAAGAGAUUAUGUCGAUCAAUUGAACCAAAUUCUCGGUAUUCUGGGUACACCUGAUGAAGAGACCUUGUGUCGUGUUGGAAGUGAAAGAGCACAAGUCUAUAUCCGUAGCUUAACAAGAAUGCCCAAGAUCCCCUUCCAAAACCUUUACCCCAGAGCAAGUCCUUUGGCCAUUGAUCUUCUCAACAAAUUGCUUACAUUUGACCCCGCAAAGAGAAUUACUGUUGAAGAAGCUCUUGCUCAUCCUUAUCUCAGCGCCUACCAUGAUGAAGAUGACGAGCCUUCUCAUACGCAAAGCUUUGAUUUCUCGUUUGAGGUUGUUGAGUCCAUGGAGGACAUGCGCAAAAUGAUUGCACAGGAAGUUAUGACAUUUAAAGCACAGAAGCAAGGAUUGCCACCAUUACAAAUGGGAGCAGCCAACCUCAAGCGAAAGGAGAGUUUGAGUGCAAACGACCGUGAAGCGCUUGAAAGAAGUAGAGAUGUUGCAAAGGAUCUUGACAACAACAGUAAUAGAAAUUCAUCUUCUAUAGCAGCCUCAGCCGCUGCUCCAGUCGCUCAAAACCGACAGGACAGCAUGGAUGUCGAUGCACUUGAAAGAGAAUUAGGUGGUGGGAUCUAA